GGACGUGAACAAGACUUUUAUUUUGAACGGUGUUGUCAUAACUUUGCAUCGCUGUGUGUGUCUGAGGGGAUUCUGUACAGGAGAGUGAAUUCUUCUCAUCAUCUGAAAAAUGACAAUGUGCAAAGACCAGCGGUAAAGGUGGAACUGCUGAGAUCUGCGUCACAUCAAUCUACAAUCAUGGAGUGUAUUAAAGAAGAGUGUGAAGACAUCAAUAUUUCAGAUCCAUGCACUGUGAAAGAUGAAGAAACCGAGGAACAAAUAGACUGUACGCCUCUAAAGGAGGAAACCCGAGAAGUGAAAGAAGAGGAUGAAGAUCAGCACAUUGACACGAGUGCACAGAAAUCACUCAGUUGCACAGAAACACACAAUAAGCGCUCCAAAAAAAGACACCAAAAAACAAAACCGAGCUUCAAAUGCUGUCAGUGUGGAAGGAGUUUCUCUCGUGAAGGACACCUCGAGAGCCACAUGCGGAUUCACACCGGAGAAACCCCGUUUAUCUGCACACAGUGCGGAAAGCGCUUCAAUCAGAAGGGAAAUCUUUACAGCCACAUGAAGAUCCACAGCGGAGAGAGUCCGUUUAGGUGCCAUCAAUGCGGGAAGAGCUUCAACCAGAAGGGAAACCUGAAAAUCCACAUGAGAAUCCACACCGGAGAGUGUCCGUUCACAUGCACACACUGCGAAAAGAGCUUCUCGCUGAAGGGAAACCUCACGAACCACAUGAAGAUCCACUCCGGAGAGAGAGCGUUCGCAUGCAAGCGCUGCGGGAAGAGCUUCACGCAAAACAAAACGUUAAAAUCUCACAUGAUGAUCCACGAGGGAGAGCAAUACGGACGUUUGCAUCACAAAUCCAGUUGUUUUGACGCCAAAUGCUCAGAUAGACGCUUGAUAACUGAUGAUGGAGGAAAACUAACAGCUGAAUGUCCCGAGUGUGGGAUGGGAAUCUCAGAUGAUACACAUUUAACACCUGCCGAAUUAGAAAAACCCUUCAAAUGCCUGCAGUGUCAGAGGAGUUUCCCACUGAAGAGGUUUCUCCAGGUGCACUUGAAGAUUCACACAGGGGAGAAGCUGUUCGUAUGCCAGCACUGUGGGAAAACUUACACACACCAGGGAAACUUCAAGGUUCACGUUCGGAUGCACACCGGAGAGCGGCCGUUCAUUUGCCCUCACUGCGGAAAACAAUUCCAUCAUGAAGGAAACCUGAAGAGCCACAUCCGCCUGCACACCGGAGACAAGCCGUACCCCUGUCCUCUCUGCGGAAAGAGCUUCGUCUAUUCAACGCAUCUCAAAACGCAUCUGGAGUUUCAUUCUGAACGCGGAAAGAGUCACAUGCUGGAUAGUGAAUAUGCAAAUGAGCAGAGCAGCCAAUCGGAGGACAGCCGGUUUAAAUGCGAUUGCUGCGGUAGAAACUUUCUCUCGCGGUAUCAUUUAGAAGUGCAUCAGAUAUGUCGAGGCGACGACAGACCUCAUGUGUGCUGUUUCUGCGGCAUGAGCUUUAAAUGGAUCGGUAAUCUAAAGUCACACAUGAGCUGGCACGGCUCUGUGAAAGCCAUCGCAGGCGUGAGCAAAUCACAUACACCGCUACGGUUUAAUUCUACAGGGAAUACUGACGAGGGUUGUGGAAAGCUUUCUGAAACAGGAGCUGGAGGAGGAGUGCAGAAUGGAGAGAAACUGUACUACUGCUCGACAUGCGGGAUGAGUUUCAACACAUGCAUUUAUUUGUUGGCUCAUAAGAAGAAGCACUGCCCGAAGUGAACUGUAAAGGCUCUUUGGUGCCAUUUUUAUAGGUUGUUUUUUAAUCAAGUGGUUCUGGUGAUGUGCGAAAUUCAGAUGGAGGGCAGGAAAGUAAAAACUGACUCGGAGACAGAGCGGAAAGUCCAUAUUUUUCUGAUUUAUACCAUAUUUCAAAGGAGAUAUGAACAGAAAUGAGCACAUAUGUUGGCCAUAAUGAUCCUUAUAUCAUGAAGAGGGCCGAGUUUUCAUCGAGGCUGUAUAUACCAGUGUUUCCCAACCCUGUUCCUUGAGGCACACCAACAGUACACAUUUUGGAUGUCUCCCUUUUCUGACCCAUUAACUUCAGGUGUUGGAGUCUCUUCUGAUGUUAUGAUAAGUUGAUUCAGGUGUGUUUGAUUAGGGAGAGGUUGAAAAUGUGUACUGUUGGUGUGCCUUCAGGAUCAGGGUUGGGAAACACUGAGCUAAGCAACUGUAGAAUCACCUCAACAGAUUAAUUACUAUAACUGUUGUUACCAUAGCAACCAUAGAAUCACCACAACAGUUUAAUUACUAUAACGUUCUGUUACCAUAGCAACUGUAGAAUCACCUUAACAGAUUAAUUACAAUAAUGUUCUGUUACCAUAGCAACCAUAGAAUCACCACAACAGAUUCAUUGCUAUAAUUGUUGUUACCUAAGCCAGUGUUUCCCAACCCUGUUCCUGGAGGCACACCAACAGUACAUAUUUUGGAUGUUUCCCUUUUCUGACCCAUUAACUUCAGGUGUUAGAGUCUCUUCUGAUGUUAUGAUAAGUUGAUUCAGGUGUGUUUGAUUAGGGAGAGGUUGAAAAUGUGUACUGUUGGUGUGCCUUCAGGAACAGGGUUGGGAAACGCUGGUAUAUACUAUAAGCUAAACACACUAUAGUAAAUACUAUAGAUAAUUACUUGAAAUAAAGGCUCGUAUUAAUUAUAUCAUUGCUGUGGUACGACACAACUGUAGUAAUACACAAAUCAUUAAAUAGGCUUCAGUUUUCUGUGCUAUAAUUAUACACCAUCACGAUGCACCAUGGUUAACACUAACAUUAUUUCUUCCAGUUUACUAUACUACAGUAUUCUCUAGCAUUCAUUAACAAAGAGUUUCAUUAACACUGAGGCUUGAUUGUUGGAACUGAAAUAGACCGCUUUCCCAGAGAUGGGUUGCUGCUGGAAGGGCAUCCACUGCGUAAAACAUGCUCUGGAUUGGUUGGCGGUUCAUUCCGCUGUGGCGACCCCAGAAAAAUAAAGGGACUAAGCCGAAAAGAAAAUAAAUGAAAUAGACAGAGCCAUUGACUAACUAAAAGCUGCUUUAAAGUCCAGCAGAGUGCGUUAGUUAUGCACCUAUGGAGGUCCAAACACUUAUACACUGCUGAAUACACACAGGAUGAUCAGUAAUACACAAAUAUAUUUACAGAUGAAAACAAUUAGAGGAUUAAAAUGAUCCAGAAAUGAUGAUUUUCUACAUCAAUAUAAACACCACUGCCUCCAUGCCUUCUUCACCUCGGGGGGCUUUUUCAGUUUAUUCAUGACGAUCUGCAUCUGUAUAAUGUUAUUAUUAUCAGCAGUAUUAUUGAUUAUAUGCAGAUUUAUAUCUGUUUUAAUAAACACAAGUGUAGAUUUGUCCAGCUGUGGGGUUUUGGAGACGUCUGCAUCACCAUAUGGGUAAUCAGAACAGGACGUGUGUUUGGAUAUAACUCAGUGUUUUGACCACACUUCAUUAUUAUUGUUCAUUUAUUCCUUUGCUGGAGAUUAGAACUGAAUUUAGAAAUAGUUUUAAUCAAAUCUUUGCGCUUAACAAAGGAAAUUAAAUAUGUGGGCUAAUGGAUGUGUUCAGUGGAGUGAGUUUCCACUGUUUCCUUACUCCACCAAAGUAAAGGAGUAAAGAGUAAAGAGAAAGUAAAGAGGCUGAAUGGAGGAGGCUCGUUCUUUAUCCUCACGCUGCAGAUGCUCUGUUUAACUGUUUUCUCUCUAGUGAAGCGUUCAGUUUUUACACUCCGCCAUGUAAAUAGCGAAUGCGCCAUGGAGCGACGUAACUGACUCUUAAAGGGAAUGUGAGACGAGACUCUGAUUGGUUUAAUGCACGUCAUGCUCAAAAACACCAGGAACUCAUUAAGAGAACAAGCUCAACCCUGUUAGACCAUGCGCCGGGGCACAGAGCUAAUUUUUCCCUUCUUUAAAUAUCAAAAGUGGAUUCAGACACGUCCUUAAUGCUUUUGUGCUAUGAGCUUUAGACUCUGCACCUAAAUCAUUAAAAUAGAGCCCACAAUGAGUUACAACCUCAUCCCAAAUCUUAAAGUAUGAAUACUGAUCAAAUAGUGCUACUCAAGUCAUGUGGUGAACUUGUGUGCUGCAAUAAAUAAUGCAGGAAAACAAAAUAUCACAAUGUCAUUUUUAUUAAAUAUCAAGCAGCCCUAAUAUAUCUCAAGAGAAGUUCCCUAUUCAGACCGAAUUAUGUUCAUUUUCUUUAUUGGUAAAGACAAUUGACAUAUUUGUUCAGCUUAUUAUGGCAAUAUUUGUACCUAUAUACCCCAAAAAUAAUUCCCC